AAGCCUGACUGUCCACCAGAAAGAAAAGACUGCUCUUCAAGUGAGUUGGACUUCUUUCCACUGGAGUGAGAAUUGAAGACUGGGAGACCCAGCCUCCAUGAUGCAGAACAACUCCGCCACCAACUUCUCCUGCUACCAUGAGUCUGUACUGGGCUAUCGUUAUGUUGCAGUUAGCUGGGGGGUGGUGGUAGCUGUGACAGGCACCGUGGGCAACGGGCUCACCCUGCUGACCUUGGCCAUCCAGCCCAAGCUCCGUACCCGCUUCAACCUGCUCAUCGCCAACCUCACAGUGGCCGAUCUGCUGUACUGCACCCUUCUCCAGCCCUUCUCUGUGGACACCUACCUCCACCUGCAGUGGCGCGCUGGCGCCACCUUCUGCAGAGUCUUUGGGCUCCUCCUCUUUGCAUCCAAUGCUGUCUCCAUCCUCACCCUCUGCCUUAUUGCCCUGGCACGCUACCUCCUUAUUGCCCACCCUAUGCUCUUUCCCCAAGUUUUCAGUGCCAAGGGGAUACUGCUGGCAUUGGUGAGCACCUGGGUGGUGGGUGUGGGCAGCUUUGCCCCUCUCUGGCCUAUCUAUAACUUGGUGCCUGUAGUCUGCACCUGCAGUUUUGACCGCACCCAAGGCCGGCCCUACACCACCAUCCUCAUGGGCAUCUACUUUGUGCUGGGGCUCGGCAGUGUUGGCAUCUUCUAUUGCCUCAUCCACCGCCAGGUGAAGCGAGCAGCACAGGCGCUGGAUCAGUACAAGCAGUCAAGUGUCCAGUCCAACCACGAGGCUGGGACAGAGGCUAUACCUGGUCAUUUCCAGGAGCUGGACAACAAGGUGGCAUCAGAAAGGCCCAGUGAGGGGAUUUCGUCAGAGCCAGUUAGUUCUGCCACCACCCAGACCAUGGAAUGGGACUCAUCAGAAGUGGGGAACCAGCGCAGCAGGGAGGUAGCUAAGCAGAUGGCAGAGCAAAGCCAUCCAGAAGCACCAGCCAAGACCAGGCCAACUACAAGAGCCCAAAGAACUCAGGAACCCCCAUCAGAGUUUGGGAAGGUGACUCGGAUGUGUUUUGCUGUGUUCCUCUGUUUUGCCCUGAGCUACAUCCCCUUCUUGCUGCUCAACAUCCUGGACGCCAACGCCACUGCUCCUCGUGUUGUCCACAUGCUCGCUGCCAAUCUCACCUGGCUCAAUGGUUGCAUCAACCCCGUGCUCUAUGCAGCCAUGAACCGUCAGUUCCGCCAAGCCUAUGGCUCCCUCCUAAAACGAAGGCCCCAGAGUUUCUGUAGGCUCCAUUAGAACUGUGUCCCCAGUCAUCAGAAUCCAAGACUGACUCCUCCAGAACUAAAAUGGCCAGCUGGUAGGGAGUAGGUGAAAGUAAGACCCGUGGGCAUUUUCACAGACAACUUUCCCCCACCCUCAAACCAGGCUUCUCCCUCCCUUGAUCAAUGCUUCAGCUCUAGACUGCCCAAGGUGCAUUAUUAUUAAUAAAUGAAUUCUAUCCUUUUAA